CCGCCUUAGCCCCCUGAAUCCGUGGAACCUCCCCUUCAUCUUCCUCUCCUGCCGUCUCCUCCGCUGCAGUGGACGCGGCUCCUCUGCAACCGAAGAGAGAGCUAGAGAGAUUAGGGUUACCAGGACCGGAAAUGGAGAACCAGACGUCGUCGGCGAUUGCGGGGCCGGGAUCGGCGAGAUCGGAGGACGAUGCAGCGUCGGCAUCCGCUUCUGCAUCGAACCCCAACCCGAUGCAGGCAUGGUGGGAGGGGAUAGCCCGCGCCCGCUCGAGGAUCCACGCCCUCUCUGCCAUUGUUGGAUCCUCUCCUUCCCUCGACUCCCUCGCCGACUCAGACCGCCCUGCCAAGGCCCUUCUAGACAGCCCCGACGUCUCCUCCGCCGUCUCCUCCGCCUUGUCCGCUCCGCUCUCCGGCGCCGGAGACAACCCCCUCUGCCAGUGGCUCUACGAGACCUUCCAGACGUCCGAUUCCGACCUCCACCUCGUCGUUCUCCGCUACAUCCCCCUUCUCGCCGGAACCUACCUCUCCCGCGUCGUCUCCGCCUCCCGGGAAGAGCCUCUCGCGGGAUUCGAGGCCGUGCUGCUUUCUCUCUACGCCGCAGAGACGAAGGCCCGAGCCGGGAAGCCUCUCUUGGUCAACGUUCCUGACCUAUCCUACCCGAGUCUCUACCACGCCCCACGCAACCCUCCUCCUACAGCAAAUCCCAAGCUCGGCGUUACCCCUCCGACGCCUCCCCCGGUCGUUGGUGUACUGUCACCUCCCCUGGAACCGCAGAACGCCGUGAAAUCGACGAAGAGGGCCGGCAUUGUCGCGGUGGCCCUCGAUUGGUACUACCGGAAGAUCUCCCUCAUGCCCGCUGCGUCGAAGGUGGAAUUCUGCGAGUACCUCAUCGGGUGGGCCGGCCAGAGCUGCCCAUGUGUGCAUGAUUUGGAUCGGGACGAUGCUACCAGCUUGAGGCUGACCACGUUCUCCGAGGAGGAGCAAGUUGAUUCGGAAUGUUCGGAGCCGGCCGUGGAGGAAGAAUUGGGGAAGAUGAGUAUCAAAGAUGGACCUUCCUGCAAUGGUUCGAUUGUGGAAAAUAAGCUUUCCGUUGUAAUUGCGGGUGCUGUAAUUUCAGUCUCCAACGUAAGGGGAGCGAGGAUUCCUCUUCCAUGGGAACUUGUGCAGCCGAUCUUAAGGAUCUUAGGCCACUGUCUUUUGGCUCCAUUGAAUCCACAGGAAGUGAGGGAUGCUGCAUCAAUCGCCAUCCGGUGUCUGUAUGCCCGAGCUACACACGAUCUGUUCCCGCAAGUCAUCAUUCCCACCCGGAGCUUGAUUCAACUUGAUAGGAGCACCAGAUUGGCUGCCAUGGCCGUUGCAAGUUCGAAUUCUAACGUUAACACGCCUACAAAACCGAAAAAGCCAGAGAUCCUUUUGGUUUCUAAAUGACGAUCAUAUAACUUCUUUAGGCAUCCCCAAGCUGGUGAAUGAAGCCAUGGAAGUUUGAUACUGAGCGAAUUUGAGAUUUAGCUUGAGUUCUAAUGUAUAGUCUUGGUUUCCUAUAUUUAUCGACUUCUGUUUGGUUGCUGCGGUACCUGUCUCUCCGGGGGUGAUUGUAGUGGUCGGCAGAAGCUUGUGAUUUUUCUAGAACAGUUGCCGUUGAGUCCCAUUAUGAUUCGGUUUAGUAUUUUUUGUUA